AUGAAUUUCUUUGAUGCCAUACAAUGGAGUCAAAAACUUGGGUCAAGUUUGCUCACGUACGUCAUUGCGUUCCUUCUUCUUGCAACUUCCUUUGAAACUCUCAUGGCGCGAAAGGAAAGAGCCACAAUAAGUGAUGGUUUAGAAGUCAUCCAACUUCUAAAUGAAUUGAAAUCAGUUGAGGGAUUUGAUGAGUCCAACUUGGUUUGCAAAGGAAAACACAUGUGGCCAGAACUUAUUGGUGUACCAGCAAAGCUUGCUAAAGAAAGAAUUGAGAAGGAAAUUUCAUCAGUAAAAGAAGUUCAGAUUAUACUGAAUGGUUCUCCAGCCCCAUUAGAUUUUCGUUGUGGUCGAGUUCGUCUUGCUGUUAACAUCUUGAAUGUUGUUGUCCAAAUUCCUGCGGUUCGUUAAUUAAUGGAAGAAUUAAAAUAAGCAGCCACACAUGUAAACAUUUCAGUUAGGGUUCAUGUUGAUAUUAAUGUCUCCAUGUACUAUUUGGAAUAAAUAAUAAAUAAGUGUGGCUUUAAUAUAUUGUCAUUCA